AUGGGAUUCACCGAGGGAGUCAGCGAAGGCGGGAGCUGCAGAUGGAGCGAGCGCUUGCGGAUCAUAAUGGUUCUGAUCGCCUUCGUGCAGGUUCAAAGUCAGGGGGGGAGCUGGAAGCUGCUGUCGGAGAAUGUAGGAAUAGCUUCCAUGCACACCGCAGUGACGCACUACGGCUCGGUGAUCAUGCUGGACAGGACGAACAUCGGCCCGUCGAACAUCACACUCCCGCACGGCAGAUGCCGCAACAAUCCCAAGGACCUCGUGCUCCCACGAGACUGCUACGCUCACUCGGUGGAAUUUUUCCCGAAAUCCGGACGAGUGCGCCCUCUGUACAUUUGGAGCGACACUUGGUGCUCGUCCGGCCAAUUCGGGGCCGAUGGAACGCUGGUGCACACGGGAGGCGAUUACGAUGGAAUCAGGCGGAUACGAAGGUUCGUUCCGUGCCCGGAGAGCAACGGCACCUGCGACUGGAAGGAGGACAAGAAGCCGCAGCUCUACGCCGAGAGAUGGUACGCUAGCAACCAGCUGCUGCCGGACGGCACUUUCAUCGUCGUCGGCGGGCGCAGCGAGUUCACGGUGGAGUUCGUGCCGCCGCGACCGGGAAACGCGACGUACCUGCCCCUGCUGGAGCAGGUCGACGACUACCAGGGCGACAACAUGUACCCGUUCGUUCACCUGCUACCGGACGGCAACCUGUUCAUCUUCGCCAACCGCGACUCGAUUGUCUACGACUACCGGAAGAACGUGACGCGCCGGCGGUUCCCGAGAAUUCCCGGCACGCCUCGCUGCUACCCGUCGGCCGGGAGCUCCGUCCUGCUGCCGCUCCGGGCUAGCGACGGGUUCCGGCAGGUGGAGAUCCUCGUCUGCGGCGGCGCUCAGCUCGGCGCCUGGGCCUACCCCGAGGAGCUGCUGGACGCGGCGCAGGACUGCGGGCGACUGCUGGUCAGCGACCCGGACGCGGACUGGGUAAUGGAGACGAUGCCGAUCCGGCGGGCAAUGGGCGACAUGGUGCUCCUGCCGAACCAGCACGUGACGAUCAUCAACGGCGCCAGCAGGGGCUCGCAGGGCUGGGGCUUUGCCGAGGACCCUGUUCUUUACCCGGUGGACUACGACCCCAGGUCGCCUCCCGGGUCGCGGUUCGCCGUCAUGAGCCCCACCGUCGUCCCGCGCAUGUACCACUCGACGGCCAACCUUCUGCCCGACGGCGGCGUGCUCGUGGCUGGAAGCAACACGCAUCACUUCUACACCUUCAACGAGACGUACAACACGGAGCUGCGAGUGGAGCAAUUUCGGCCCGAGUACAUGAGCUCCGAGCUCGACUUUCUGAGGCCGGCCAUCGUCGAUUUCCCUAAAGCUGUCGGCUACGGCGAGAGUUUCAGUGUGGCCGUCGUGCUUCCCUCGGCCCCGCAUCACGACAUCGAGCUGGUGCUGCUGAGUUCUCCUUUCACGACCCACUCCUUCUCGCAAGGCCAGCGCAUGAUCAGUCUUGCUGUCGAGCCCCCGCUCUUGGUGGAUGCGAGUUCUGGUCUCUACCAUGUCACAUGCACGUCUCCCCCUACCGGCGAAAUCGCACCAGCCGCUUACUACAUGCUCUUCGCUCUGAAUUAUGAAGUUCCCGGGGAAGCAGUUUGGGUGCAGAUAGUUCCGUGA